CGCCCCCUGGCCCGCGCGGACGGAAGAUGGCGGCGCCCGGCGCGGCGCGGCUGGGCCGGCGGCUGCGGGCCUGGCUGCCCCGGCUGGUGCAGGUGAGAGGGAGUCGCUACAACCCCAGUUUCAUAGAGCCAGAAGUGAACCGGGAGCUGUACGAGAAACCGUGGGAAGAGCUGUCUGAGGAGGAAAAGCAAAAAAUGGAGCUCAAGGCUGUCCAACCCAUCAAAGCUGCUCCUCCCUCUGUCUCCAGCUCUGUGUUCAGCGACCCUAUGAUCAGUAAAUUCACCAAUAUGAUGAUGAAGGAAGGAAAUAAAGUGCUGGCCAGAAGCCUCAUGUCUCAGACUCUAGAGGCCAUUAAGAGGAAGCAGCUGGAGAAGUACCACAAAGCACCAGAAGAUGAGAAGGAGACCAUUGAAUGCAACCCUUAUGUCAUUUUCCACCAGGCUCUGAAAAACUGCCAGCCCAUCAUCGGGCUCACCAACAUCACCAAAGGAGGCAAGACCUAUCAGGUCCCCGUCCCGCUGAAGGACAACCGCAAGCGCUUCCUGGCCAUGAAGUGGUUAAUCAGCGAGUGCAGGGAGAACAAGCACCGGCGGGUGCUGAUGCCUGAGAAGCUCUCCCAGGAGCUGCUCCAGGCCUUCAGCAACGAAGGGCCCAUCAUCAAGAAGAAGCACAUGCUGCAUAAGAUGGCAGAGGCCAACCGUGCCUAUGCCCACUUCCGCUGGUGGUAGGGACUCCGCCUGGGACGCGAUGCCACCUGCCUGGGGGAAGCUGGGGACAAGAGGGAAAGGUGGAAGAUCCCUUCCAGACAGCUUCUGAACUGAGACAGGGACAGCCCAUCUGAUCCCCACAAAGUUCUUUUCCUUUGUGCUUGUUUGGGUGAGGGAAGGGGGAAUCUGAGUCACCUCCCCCUGCACAGACGCUCUUGAGGUUUGAAAUCACUUUGCUGUGAAGAGGAGCCUUAGCUGCUUCUCUUAGAGCAACACUGUACAAAUUAAUCUUCCAUUUACCUGUUUCCUAAGGACUUUCAGGUCUCUCUGCUCCUGUCAUCAAGGUUUUUGCCUUUUUGGCUGCACAGCUAAGAGCAGAGCUGGAUAUUUCUCCCCAUGCCAUAACCAGCCUCAGUGUGAUUGGUACAAAAGGCAAUAAAAGGCCAUUUUUGAUUUUUGAUUCUGGUCAUCAGCAACAUUGUCUGUCCAGAUCUGCUUGGAAUGUUAACAGAAAAAGAAUAAACCAGUUUUAUGGGGAAGGUUCCUCAGUUCCAAA